AUGGCGACGGAGAAAGGGCAUGAGGAGGUCUCAACCAGGGCGCCUGAUGAAUUGCUGGACGAUUCGAUUGCGUUUCCUAUGAAAGAACCUCCGUCGCAGUAUGACGACAAUCCAGACCCGAACAGUGGACCUGUCUAUGUACAAGUUCGCAAUGUAUCAGUGGAGGUGGAUCCAGCCCGGGGGUCACCAUUCUCCUCGAUAGAUUCGUUCAAGUCCCGGAUCCUCCGCAUCAAAGGAAACUCUUCCCCCAAAGCAAUUCUGCAAGAUAUCUCGGCGGAUCUCCCGAGCCGCAGCCUGACUGCGAUUGUUGGCGCCAGCGGAAGCGGCAAGACGACACUUCUGAAUGUCAUCGCACAUCGCAUCAAAGACGAAAGGUUUCGACAGUCUGGGGCCGUCACCUACGAUGCCGAAUCGCUGGUCGAACCCGAAGGUCAAGCUGCUGGGCCUGCAAGGGUCGGAGUGGCCUAUGUGCUGCAGCAGGAUGUGCUGUUACCCACCCUCACAGUACGCGAGACUCUCCGGUAUGCAGCCGAUCUACGUCUAUCGACGACCAAGACAAGAACUGAGCGAGAGGCCAUGGUCGAAAACGUGAUCCACGACCUCGCCCUGGGCAAGUGUGCCAACACUAAGAUAGGUGAUAACGCUCAUAAGGGCUGCUCCGGCGGAGAGAAAAGACGGACCAGCAUCGGAGUUCAACUCCUCGCGGAUCAGCCUGUGCUUAUCCUGGACGAGCCCACCACUGGGUUGGAUGCUGCUUCGGCCAUCCAAGUCGUCCGGACACUCAAAAGUCUUGCCGAGCGAGGGAAGACUGUCAUCAUGACUAUCCAUCAGCCACGCUCCGAGAUUUGGAGACUGGUCGACAAUCUGAUACUGCUGGCCAGAGGCUCGCCCGUCUAUUGUGGACAUGUCCAGGAAUGUCUGCCGUACUUUGAGCGGCUCGGCUACAAGAUGCCUUCAUUCUUCAACCCAUUCGAUUUUGUCAUCGACCUUGCUGCCGUGGAUCUUCGCUCGCAGGAUGCCGAACAGACCUCUCUAGUCCGUGUCCAGAGACUGCAAGAAGCAUGGAGAGCUGGCGAGACUCACCCCCGGACAGGCGGACCAGGCCAGAAUAAGGGCCAGCCCUUCAGUGGAAAGCAAAGCGCGCACUCGGCAGAUCGCCUCGACGAGCUUUUCCAAGAAGUCAUUGUGCACACCCGGAGGACAUUUGUCGUGACAUGCCGUGACCGACUAGGCCUUGUGGCAAGCACAGUCGAGUCGUUGAGCAUGGGCAUCAUGAGCGGCUGGAUCUUCUACCAAUUGGGUGGUGAUCUCGCCGGGAUCAGAUCGCGGCAAGGCGCCAUGUACUCGGCUUGCGCUUUGCAAGGGUACCUCAUCCUCCUUUUCGAGACCUACCGCCUGACCAUGGACAUCCAAAUCUACGACCGAGAGCGUAUCGAAGGCGUGGUCAGGCCCAUCAGCUUCAUCGUCAGCAGAAGAUUGGCCCGGAUCCCGCUGGAAGACCUCCCAGUCCCAUUCUUCUACUCGGUCAUCUUCUAUUUUAUGGCGGGCUUCCGCUCGAAUGCCGACCAGUUCUUCACGUUCUUCGCCAUUCAGCUUCUGCUGCAUAUGAUCGCCGUCAACCUGGCCACCGUCUGCGUCGCUCUGAACCGGCAAUUCAUGGUUGCAUCUCUGAUCGCCAAUCUGACUUUCACGCUCCAGUCCAUGGGAUGUGGCUUCUUCAUCAACACCCGCUCGCUUGCGGUAUGGCUGCGAUGGGUCAAGUGGACGGCAUAUGUGUUUUAUGCUUUUGGGGCUCUCUGCACCAACGAGUUUGCAGGCCACUUCUAUGAUUGUCCAAGCCCCGGAGGGCCCUCGAACCCGGCUUGCAGGGAGUACACAGGUGCCUAUAUCUUGGCCUCGUUGAACCUUCCCUCUAACUGGCUGUGGAGGCCGAUCGUCGUGCUGGUCGGCUUCAUCCUGUUCUUCUUCAUCCUCUCGGGAGUCACCCUGCAAGUGCUCACUACAGAGGUGGAGGUGGCAAAGACACAUGAAAACAAAGCAGCGUCGUCGGCAGACAGCCAAGAGACAAACGUAAGACGCGGGGGCACGACUAGAACGGUCACGGUUGCGCUCGACCACUUCGGACUCGAAAUCGACCGGAAACGACUGUUCAAGAACAACACCACCAAACGCAUCUUCCAGCCCAUCACCACGACGUUCGAGCCGGGCGUGCUGAACGUGAUCAUGGGUCCAUCUGGGUCGGGGAAAUCAUCAUGUCUGAACGCGAUGGCGCGACGGCUGUACGGAUCCCCAAUGGUCAAGUAUCAGACUACAGGAAGAAUGCUUCUCAAUGGCUCCACCGCGACAGACGCCGUGGUGAUGUCGAUCUGCUCGUAUGUGCCUCAGGACGAUUCAGCCCUGCUGCCAUGUCUGACGGUGCGUGAGACGCUACACUUCGCCGCACGACUCCGUCUGCCGUCCUUCCUGAGCCACGAGCAAAAAGUCCGGCGUGCCGAGUUGGUCCUACUCCAGCUCGGGCUGAAGGACUGUGCGGACACGCUGAUCGGCAGCGACAUGGUCAAGGGCAUCAGUGGCGGCGAGAAACGCCGCGUCUCCAUCGGGAUUCAGAUCCUCACGGACCCCCAGGUGCUCCUGCUCGACGAGCCGACUUCGGGCUUGGAUGCGUUCACUGCCUUCUCCAUCAUCGAAGUCCUCAAGGGCCUGGCGGACGAGGGAAGAACCAUCAUCUUCUCGAUCCACCAGCCUCGGUCCGGUAUGUUCAAGCAGUUCGGAGGGGUGCUACUGCUUGCUAAAGGCGGCGAGGUUGUCUAUGCGGGUUCCGUCUCUGAGAUGCUGCCUCACUUCGAAAGCAUGGGUUUCACCUGUCCAGAGUCGGCCAAUCCAGCUGAUUUCGCAUUGGAUCUUGUGUCUGUUGAGACGCCGAAGUCACUGCAAGGACAACAGCAACAACAGCCAUCCAAUGUUGCGCCAGCAGCCACCAUCACCGCCCUUCCUCCUGCGACCGUAGGUCCCCACGAGAAAGGCAUCGACAUAGAAGACUCUCCGGCGAAAACAUCCAAACCUAACGACACUUUUGCGGAAGAACCAGCGCCCACUCCCUCUCAUUCUCCCACCAAAGCACUUGGACCUGAUUCCACGACCACCGAUACUCAUACCACUGAUGCCACACCAUCAAAACCGGCAGAUCUAGCCCUUCCCGCCACUCUAGGAACCUACGCCCGUCAAAGACAGCCCUUCCAACACGCCUUUCCCAUCCUCCUGCAACGCGGAGUGAUCAACCUGCGCCGGCAGCCAAACCUCCUCACCGGCCGCAUCACGCAACUGGUCGGCCUCGGAAUCGUCCUUGCAGCAUUCUGCUCCCCGCUCCGCCACGACUACUACUCGGUGCAGACACGCGUUGGCUACAUCCAAGCCAUGUCAAGCAUGUUUUUCGUCGGCAUGCUCAACUCGAUCGCCAUGUAUCCCGGCGAGCGGGAUCUGUACUACCACGAAGAGCGGGACGGGACAUACACCCUCGCCGCAUUCUUCGUGUAUUACCUUGCACUCGAGGUCCCUGCCGAGGUGGUCGCGUCCAUGCUUUUUUCCGUCCUGACAGUGUUCGCGGUCGGCCUGCCGCGCACGGCGGGCCAGUAUUUCCUGAUGGCGUAUUCGGCCUUCUGUGUUGUCGAGUGUGGCGAGAGUUUCGGCAUCCUGUUCCUCACCAUGUUCAGCCACACGGGGCUUGCAGUGUCGGUCAUGUCUGUCGUGCUAUCCAUCGCAAUCCACCUCGGCGGCGUGUUGAGUAUCGGCAUCGACCGGUUUCUGAGCGCCGUGAAUCAUAUCUCGCCCGUCAAGUGGCAGGUCGGCGCGCUGCUGAGUUAUAGUCUGCGGGACAUCAGGUUCACGUGCACAGCCGAUCAGCGGCUCGCCGAUGGGACUUGUCCUGUACAGACGGGCGAGCAGGUCCUGGAGCUGUAUCGCUUGAAUGUCGAUACUGUUGCCUAUGCGCUGGCGCUGGGUGGGGUCACGAUUGGGUAUAGACUGCUUGCGUAUUUGGGGCUGGAGAUUCGUGGGGCGGAUUGGAAGGGCUUGAUGAGUGCAACCAUGCGUAAAAAAAGACGAAACUGGGGAUCGAUACGUAAAUAA